AUGGCAGUGGAAACGUUGGAAGACAUCCAAAACCUUGCCGAGGACACGAUGGAGGAGGGCGCAAGGCGCUACAUAGCCAUUGGCGCAGGUCGUGAACAGACCCUUAGGGAGAACGCCCAGGCCUUCCAGAGGAUACUUUUCCGACCACGGAUCUUCGUGGAUGUGGAGAGGGUCAACACGUCGACCACCUUGUUGGGACAUGCAGUAUCCUUCCCGGUAGGGCUGGCUCCAUCAGCGGCUCACAACAUCACGCACCCCGGAGGGGAGAUCGGCUCUGCGAAAGCGGCUCAGGACGCAGGCACGGUAAUGAUCCUGAGCAGCUUGAGCACAGUGUCGCUCGAAGACGUCAGGGCAGCGGCGCCCGGCUGUCUUCUCUGGCAGCAGAUGUACAUCUUUCGUGACCGGUCCAUUACCAAGUCCCUGGUCGAGAGGGCCGCUGCCAUGGGCUUCUCGGCCAUCGUGGUCACCGCGGACUCGCCCGUGCCUGGAGACGGUGUGCUGCGCCACGCGUAUCUAACCGUCUUGCCGCAUGGUCUCAGAUUCGCCAAUAUCGAGGGCGCAUUCUCGAACAGACUCGAUGGAUGCGAGACACGAAACAAAUAUUCGAGUGACAUGGAUGUUUUGCCAUCGGCCACCUGGGACGACAUCGAAUGGCUACGUCGUCUCUCGAAGCUACCUGUAGUCGUCAAGGGUGUCCUCACUGCGGAAGCGGCACUCGCUGCACACCAGCAUGGUGCGGCAGCGGUCAUCGUGUCCAACCAUGGCGGCCGCCAACUGGACGGAUCUCCGGCCACGAUCGAUGUUCUUCCUGAGAUAGUCGCCGCCGUGGGCGACAAGAUGGAGGUGUACCUGGACGGCGGAGUGCACACGGGCGCCGACGUGGUCAAGGCGCUUGCGCUGGGAGCUCGGACGGUCUUCGUGGGGCGGCCGGUGCUCUGGGGACUCGCGCAUGACGGCAAGCAAGGUGUCGACAAAGUAUUGCAGAUACUAAGGGAGGAACUGGAACGCACCAUGCAACUCCUCGGUUGUGCCGACAUCCGGGACCUGUCCGAAGACUUCGUCAUUAGGAAGAAGCGCUGCUUGGCACAUUCUGAUUCGCCAUGUAUGCCCUGA